AUGUUACACCACGAUUUUGAAUCACCCUGGGACACGUUAGAAAACUUCUUAAAACUAGUAGUUAAGUCACAUGAUGUUGGAAGAUCUUCGGCCAUCAUUUGUAAAACCAUAGACUGCCUUGACCAAUCAUCACUAGCACGGAUCCAAAAACAUUGCCAAGUACCGAUCUUCUGCAUAGGCCCUCUUCUCAAAAUCACAACAGCGGCCUCUAGUAGUUUACUUGAAGAGGACACAAGCUGCAUUGAGUGGCUUGACAAGCAAUCUCACAAGUCAGUUAUCUAUGUCAGUUUGGGGAGUAUAGCAUCCAUUGGUGAGAAAGAACUGGCGGAAAUGGCUUGGGGAUUAGCCAACAGCAAGCAACCUUUUUUGUGGGUGAUCAGACCUGGCUCCAUUACCGGCUCAGAUUGGAUUGAGCUAUUGCCUCAAGAGUUUAGAGAAGCUAUUGGAGAAAGAGGUUUCAUAGUGAAAUGGGCACCCCAAAGGGAAGUUUUGGCUCAUGGUGCUGUGGGCGCGUUUUGGACCCAUUGUGGCUGGAAUUCAACUCUUGAAAGCAUAUCUGAAGGGGUUCCGAUGAUUUGCAAACCAUGUUUUAGUGAUCAGAAGGUGCAUGCGAGGUAUGUUAGCAAAGUAUGGAGACUAGGUUUAGAAUUGGAGGAUGAGUUUGAGAGAGGAGAGAUAGAGAGAGCUGUUAGGAAACUCAUGGUAAAUAGUGAUGGGGAAGAAAUAAGGGCGAGGGCCAAGGAUAUGAAAGAGAAAAUACAAGUUUCUAUGAGCAAGGGUGGAUCUAACUACAAAAGAAAGAGUGAACUUGUUGAAUUCAUUAUGGCAUUCUAAGCUGCAACAACAGCAGUGUCUUCACAAUUAGCUAUGUCCUAUCUGCACAUAUUGAUAGAUGAGGCUUCUAGCAUCUGGGUGUAAGCAAACUUUUCUUUGCGGUCCCCAAGUCAGUUCUAUGCUAAUGGAUUUUAAAAUUUUCAACAUUUCUUUACUGAUAAAAGCAUUUAUCUUGCUCAUCCUAAAACUUGUAUAAAUCUGGCUGUUACCUAUCAAAACGUAGCCAAAGAAAAUUCAGUUACUUAAUGAAGCAAAGAUGAUACUUAUCGGCUAGGUCUCUCCAAACUAAGACCAACCAAAGCCAAUUUUCUUGCAUUAAUAAUCAGCAUUUGGCUCUCUCCUGCAGAAUUUCCUUCCCAAAGCCAAAUCCCAAAAGGUUUCCUAAUCUUAUCUUAAAGGAUGUACUGUAUCAAGUAUCAACAUAAGACACUCUGGAGAUGAAAUAAUCCUAAUUUUUAUAGAACACCAUGGUUUCCUAAUCUUAUCUUAAGAGGACAUACAACAUUUCAAAGCGAAAAUCCUUAUCCAAGGUCAUCUUCAGCCAUUAUUUAGAACACCAUGGAUUGCCUCGAGCAAUUGACGUUAACACAGAUCCAGUAGGAAUACGGAGUUUGCAUUGUUCCCUAUUGGCCCUGUGAAAACAGAUUUGGCCACCUCCAGAAGCUUAUCCAAAGAGGAUUAGAGCUGCAUUUCAUGACUUGACAAACAAUCACACAACUCCAGCCAUCUACUUAAACAUCCAGAAUCUAUUCCAUGAACAAUUCAGAUCUAGACCUAGCUAAAUGGCAUGGGAUCUCACCGACAUCUAGCACCCUUUCUUGUGGGUAUUCGGACAGAAUCCACACCAUUUCAGAAGGUUUCCAAAUGGCUGUGGAGACAAGAAUUGCACAUGGCAUGAAUGAACCACAACUUGGUUAGACACAGAGUACCCUCUAUAGUAAAAUUAUAAUACAUACAUAAACAGAAGCAACUUUUGGGAGAGCCGAAGCUGUAUUUUCUUUCUCUAUUUUCUUUUAGAUUCUAUGUGGCUGCAUUAACAAUCUUACAUAUCCAAGAAACAUAAGUUUCUGUAACUAUAGAAGCCCUCACUUCUUCUUCUUUUUAGAAUUUUUUUUUUCUUCCUAUUUUUAACUCUAGUUAACAAAGUUCAAUACUUUUCUUUUGUGUGCUUAGGAAGCUUGGGAAAAUCUAACAACAGAAAGAACACAAGACAUGGGAAACAUACAACUCUAAAUCAAACUUUUCACAGGAUUUAGAGUUCAGGAAGUAAAUGAAAAGAUAUUUUUAGACAAAGUAGCUUCUGGUUCAUCAGAAAUUCGUGUAAAUGUAACUUUUUGCACUUUGAACUUGCACCAAUGUUUGACAGCUUUGAAACAACCCUUGUCCAAUGCAAAACAAACACAAAACAUCCACCAGGUCAAACUUGGGGCUUAAGAUUUUAGUCCCAAAUGACUGUAAAUGUAUAAACACACAUAUUUUGUUCUAGCAUUCCUUUCUUUUGUUCUCAACUUCACAAUUCCUAAAAUAAAUCCUAAAUGUACACACACAAUGAAUGCACACCAGUAAAGCAUAAAAGGGAGGAGAUUAAACAUUCUAUUCCUUUCUCUCAAAAAAACAUUCAAUGAAGCUUUACACAUGCUCUUUGUAAGAGACAAAAAAUUGCAGCAUUGUAUCGUAAACUAAUAGAUCUUACUCAAAAAUAAAGCCAUCAACAAUUACAUCAAAGCAUGCUCCAAUUCCGAAUCAGCCAGAUAGCAAAAUGUGA